AUGAACCCAGCAAACAUCCCUUCAGCUGCGCUUACAACAGGCACACGCGCCCUGUCAACAGCGGCCGCUCGUCGUCCGUCCUUCUCCACAGGCAUCGCUUCCAGACUCGACAGAGCCAUCGCAUGGCUGCACCCUACACAUCACAUUCCCGCAAUAUCGUCAACACCAGCAACAACAUCUUUAUUCUCAACUUCUGCAUCCUCACAUCGCUCAUCCUCCAAAGAGGAAGACGAUCUCUAUCAGGCGUUGACGGUAUCGUUCAGGACACGAUUGGCAGAACAGAUCCACAAGCCAGAGGACGGAUACAAGUCAGUUAUCGAGCAUUGGACAGCACACACGCAAAAGGACGCCCUGACCCGUCAAAGAACACGCGCCCGAAAGGAACGACUUGCGACUGCCGUGCAACACAAAGACAUUGUCUGGAUUCAGAAGGAGCAGGAACGACUCGAACUCGAGGCCAAUGGCUCGUCCGACGACCAUUUCUAUAUCAUCCAAGCAUGGAUCAAGUGUGGCGAGCUCAAGCGUGCCACCUUGGCGUUCGAACAUAUGGAGUCUCUGCGAGUCCCGCUUACUGUCCGGACGCUGGCGGCGAUGACGAGAGCUCAUUCUCGACCAGGAGGCAAUCUGGCCAUCGCUGGCGCUAUGGUUCAAAAAAUGAGCACCCUCAGCCUCCACCCGAAAUCCAUCUACGACCUCAGCGCGCUUUUGGAAUAUUACAUCAAAACUACGCCAUCAACACCCGCAGCAGAGUCUACAGUGGCAAGUGGAGGAGGAAGCACGAGCAAGAAACUGGAUCAUGGAAACGAACGAGUGCACGAUAUCUGGAGAUCCAUCGAACCACAACUUCAAAUCAGCACCUCCACAGCAGUCAACAGCAACGCCUCAUUCUCCUACAGGACGUAUCUGAACUUUCUGGUCAGCCGGACUCAUGACCUUGAGAGUGCGGUCGAAUUGAUUGACAGGAUGUCAACCAGGAACAUUUCACCCGAACUGGAACGAUACCCAAAGACCGCUCUUUCACUUGUACAGCAGCUCUCCAACCACGGCUAUUUCACAGAGAUCCAAAAGCUAUUGGACCAAAAGGAUGCGGCCUUCGGCAAGGUCUUCCCCACAUCGGCAUGGAGCGAUCUCAUGGAGGCCUGCAUUGCACGUAGUCAACACCAAACGGCUCGGUGGUUCUAUAACGAUAUGGUGCGCUACGGAAUCCAACCGGAUGUCAAGGCCAAAAAGAUGUUUGCGGAUCUGCAAGUUAUGGGAGGAACCGUGGACAAAGUCGGUCCAGUCGUCGUACGAACAGGAGCCAUUCAGGAGACUGGUUCAACAAAAGGAUCAGGGAAAGGUGGCCCGAAUGGUAGUGGAGCAAAACAAGACGAAGCCGGCAUCUUUAGCAUACUCUUCAAUCGGAAUCCCAAACCUGCGCUCUCAUAA